AGAGAAACAUUCGGAGCCGAAUAAAAGCGGAGGAGCGGCGUGAACGCGUGCGCUAGUGGACGAACUCGUCUUUCGUCAGUCAAUCAUCUGCACAAAAAAGGAACCGAACGGCGGCGACAUGCCAAAGUGUCCCAACUGCAAGAAGGAGGUCUACUUUGCGGAGAAGGUGACGUCUCUGGGGAAAGACUGGCACAGACCUUGUCUCAAAUGCAAGAAGUGUGGAAAGACUUUGUCGCCUGGAUCGCACGCCGAGCAUGAGGGCGAGCCCUACUGUCACAAACCCUGCUACAGUGCAAAGUUCGGACCCGGCGGAUUCGGACGCGGAGGAACAGAGAGUUACAAAUAUUAAACUUCCCGUUAAAAAGUGCGAUUGUGAAUGCGCCUGUUUGUCUCCAUGUACCCUGCGAUUGGCCGGCGACCAGUUCAGGGCCUACCCCGCCUCCUGCCGGUUGACAGCUGAUAGGCUGCGGCACUCCUUGCGGUCCUCGUGAGGAUAAGCGGCAAAGAAACUGGAAGGAUGUAAAUGAACUCUAAUGCGUCAGUCCUCACAUCCACAGAAGAGGAGGCUGUCCUUGACAACAUGCAAGCCCAGGAAGAGGCUCCUUGGCUGGGAUACAUCGCGAGGCGGCCCGGCCUCCCUGAGCUGGAGGUCUCGACAUCAUAACUAAAAAUAGUUUGAAUGUAAACAAAAAAUAAGUGCGACCUUGUCAUCACUAAAAGUAACAAU